AUGAAACGAAAUAGCGUUGCAUCCGCAAGCUCACAAGCCAACUCUCCAGCAGCAAAAAAUAAACGUCCAUCAGUAGGAGAUUCAACAUCAUCACGUAAAGAAGAAAUUGAGGUAUUUUUGCUUACUCGUAGCUUGGAUGAUCGGAGAGAUGAUUCUGUGGUUGAAAAUUGGGAUCGGAUCGAUUUUAGAAUAAUACCAACGGAAAGUACUCCCACCCAUACGAGCAUGGUUUGUCAUGUGGAAGCCUUCAAUGAUGAAACUGUAGAAAGUGUGAGAUUAGGUAUAUUAGUUGAAAAUAAUAGUAAUAUGGAUAUUAUUGUUGCAUUUGAGGUGGACAGUGUAGAGGUUGCAGGUAUGGCUAUCGUUGUUUUGAAAGGAAAGAGUAGAAUUGCCGCAAAUGUCAGGCAUGACGGUUACUUGCAGCCUAUCAUUAUCAGAAAAAACAAGCUGGCAGAGGACUAUUCUGAAGUCAUUCCAAAAGAAGAGCUAGGUAAAAUCGGAUGUAUCAAAGCCACAAUAUACAGAGCGAAUAAGGAUAAAACGGUGGCAGACACACAACCCAAACAAGGUUCUGGUACUCCUCUUGAGAAUAAGGCAAUUAAGAUUAAAGAAUCAAUGUCCAAGGAUGGAGCUCUUUCAAUGGGAUUUGGUGAACGAAAGCCUAUCAUUGUUCAGCCUGGUUCGACUUGUACCAAAUAUAACCGCUGUGAAAAAAUCAAGACAUGGAAUGUAAAAUAUCGCAACAAGAUUGGGUUUUUGUGGACCCUUGUUCAAAAUGGCAUUACGAUGGAAGAGGCAAAAGCACAACAGGAAGAAAAUGAAGCACGAGGAAUUGGCGCCAAAGAACAGGGUGUUAUUGAAAUUAGUGACGAAGAAGAAUCUGACGCAAAUGAAACAGCAACACCUAUCAUUCCCAAGGUUGCUCCAAUCAAAAGUCAAACGAUCAUGGAGAAAGUGAAAGGAGUGUCGAAGCUAACAGUAGAGCAGAAGAAUGUUGAUGAAUUGUUGAGUUUUAUCAAGUCGAUAGAUGAGAAUUUGUUUAAUAACGUUAGGGCCACGUUCAAGAAGGAGCACAUCGAUGGAGUGGCUUUUUUGAGCCUUACACACAACGACCUAAAAGAUAUGAAAGUGAGCAUUGGAGACAUGAUCAAAGUGAAGCAAAUCCUUCAACAACUCGCAGAAAACCAAUAG